CCAAAAUUGCGUACGCAGUUAACUCUUCUUCUGCUACAAGCUCCAUUUGCAUCUUCGCCUGUGUAUUCACAAACUGAGUAUAAAUUAGCAACCAAUUCUCCGACGACUUUGAAUUCAAUCCCUAGAUUUUGAUCGGAGCUACAGAGCUUACGCUGUAACAAUGGCGAAGGGGAAAUACGGCCGAGGACUCCCUCGGAAAACGACGUCGUCGGCGACGACCGCUUUCGCCGUGUUUGUAAUUCUCUCUUUGGUCGUUUUAAUGCUCCUCGCUUUCGGGAUUCUCUCGAUGCCCAGCAGCUCCAGGGGCUCUCAGAAAGCUCACGAUCUCAGCACAAUCGCGCACAACACACUCGAGAGAGAAGAGCAAGAUGAAGGUGAUGGUAUAAAAGGAGAUAGCUGGGUUGAAGUGAUUUCCUGGGAGCCUCGAGCCUUUGUUUAUCACAAUUUCUUGUCCAAGGACGAAUGUGAAUAUUUGAUUAAUCUUGCUAAACCCCAUAUGCAAAAGUCAACUGUUGUUGAUAGUGAAACUGGCAAGAGCAAAGAUAGCAGGGUACGAACAAGCUCAGGAACAUUUCUUCCUAGAGGACGUGAUAAAAUAAUCAGGAAUAUUGAGAAAAGGAUUGCAGAUUUCACCUUCAUACCCGUAGAACAUGGUGAAGGCCUUCAAAUUCUCCAUUAUGAAGUGGGCCAGAAGUAUGAACCUCACUAUGAUUACUUUCUUGAUGAUUACAACACUAAGAAUGGUGGUCAACGUAUUGCUACAAUUCUCAUGUACCUUUCAGAUGUUGAAGAAGGGGGAGAAACAGUAUUCCCUUCUGCCAAAGGAAAUAUUACUGCUGUUCCUUGGUGGAAUGAACUAUCUGAAUGUGGAAAAGGUGGACUCUCAGUAAAACCAAAGAUGGGUGAUGCAUUGCUUUUCUGGAGCAUGAAACCUGAUGGAUCUCUAGACCCAUCCAGUUUACAUGGUGGUUGCCCUGUCAUUAAAGGGAACAAGUGGUCAUCUACAAAAUGGAUGCGAGUUCGCGAGUAUAAGGCUUAAGUUACCUCAUACGAUUGAGAUGUGAAUUUGGAUGGACUUACUGUUGUACGAUUUUGUAUGAACCGACUGUUCGGAAUCUCUGGACACACCAGGCACUGGCAGGCAUCAAGUCUCUCUCACUUACUAUGGUCAUUCCUGAUUUUAGCCCGCAUAACUCAUUUUUUUUCUGUUCUCCCCUUCUCCCUUUGUAGGAGGAAAUGAUUUUCUGUUACUUGGAGCUUUUGUAUAUUGCUGUCAUUAAUAUUAUUUACAUGUCAUUGUUGAGUUUUUAUUAUCUCUGUAUUGCGCCUUAUUUGGAGAUCAUUAUUUACAGGAAUAAAUGAACAAAUGACUUAGAGGUUGAGAAUAA